AUGGGGGAAGGAGCGGAUGAAGAAGAAGAUUUGUUCAACAAUCUUCCUGAUGUCUUUCUAACUUAUAUAGUUUCUUUCCUACCGGCAACCGAUGCUGCGAGAACUAGUGUGCUUUCCCAUCGUUGGAAAACAAUGUGGAAAUACUCUUCGCGACUAAGUUUUGACCAAAGAGAAAUGUUGAAAUCGUUGAUCAAAGUUUAUAUUGAAAAAUAUGAUCAAAAUAAGCGCAUUGAAUUGGCAAUGCUUCGCAGAGAGAUACCUCUUAAAUAUGCGAAUGCAUUUUUGGAUCCAAUUGCUAGAGCGGCCUUGUUGAUGAAAUCAACUAUUGAUAAUCAUAUCGGUCCAUUGAAAAAUUGCAGCAUUAGACAUAUGCUAGAGAGUUGUGCAAGCGGGGAUGUUGUAAGGUGGAUGAAGAAACUACUAGAGAAAGGGGUAGUAAACGUUUCAUUGGAACUUGAAUCCCAUGAUCUACAAAAUAUUAGUUGUCAUUUGACGAUAUUUGGUGAAAUCCUUUGUAUGCCUUUUGAUGUUUUAACUAGUUUUAAGGUUUUGGAAUUGAAGAACUAUUAUUUGAAAACUACACUUUCCCCUAAUUCCCACCAGGUUUUGAACACUCUUACCCUUAACAAUAUUCGUGUUGAAUCAAAUGAUUUUGAAAACAUUCUCUCUCAAUGUUCGUCACUUGAAAAUCUCACCCUUAAAAAAUGUAAUUUAUUUGGAGAUGGGGUCAAGAUUGAUAGCCCAAGUCUCAAAUAUUUUAAAUUUUUUGAUAUGACCGUGCAUAAGAUGUUGAUUUCUGCAACUAAAAUUGAAGUGAUUGAGAUUGGAACCAUUAUAUGUUAUAAUGAAGAUCUAAUUUUCGAGACCCCAAAUCUCCAUGUUAUCCGUAUUUGCAAUGAUGUGAAGAAUCUUGGGAGGCAUUUAGCAACAAGAGAUAUUGUUGAAAUUUGCAGCGGCAUUUCAGUUCGCCAUGGUUGCAUGAGAAGUAUAUUUGACAAUUUGGUUACCCUCUGUCUCGACCUCGAUUUUACAAAUAAUAGAAAUGCAAUAGCUCUUUCGUUUGCACUUAAGUCCAGCCAUCAACUAAAGAAUCUUCAAAUAAAUAAUCAGGUCAAUAUGGAUUACAUUUACAAUGGUGGCGUAACUGAUCAGAAUGACAAUGCUUGUUUACCGUAUCCUGGAGUCUUGUUUUGGGAAAAAAGGGAGCCAUGUCGGUGUGUCAUUUACCAACUAAAGUCUCUUUGUAUAAGGGGAUAUACAGGUGGAGAGUUUGAAUAUGAAUUUGUUAAGUACUUAAUAUUAAACGGUGGAGUUAUAGAGAAUAUUACACUUUGGUUUUUGGAUGAUUGCUCAUGGAACAAAGUUGUAGCAACUAAUUGUCUGCUUUCGUACCCAAAGCUUUCUUCUAAAUUGUCCUUUGAUCUUAAACCUGGAGCAAUCUUUGCGAGAAAAUAUAGUGGUAGUUUUAACAAAUGGGUAACAACCCUAAGGUGA